UCUACUUAUGAAUUUCAUUCUGUUUUGUCUAUACACUUCUCUUUACUUUCACUGUAACAAAGGAACAGUAUAUCUUCCAAAAAAUGUCUCUGUAGCUGCAAUCAUAGCAUUCGGAGACUCCUUAUUGGAUGUGGGGAAUAACAAUUAUAUCAACACUAUGACGAAGUCCAAUUUUCUUCCUUAUGGGAAGGACUUUGUGGGUGGAAAGCCAACCGGAAGGUUCUCCAAUGGGAAAACAUUAGCGGACUUUUUUGCCAAGGCAUUAGGAGUGAAGGAGUAUGUUCCAGCAUAUCUUAACCCUUUCAUAACCGAUAAAGAUCUUUUAACUGGUGUAAGUUUUGCCUCUGGUGGCACCGGGUAUGAUCCACUAACAGCUACAUUAUCGUCUGUUAUACCCGUAAAGAUUCAAUUAGACAUGUUCAAACAAUACAUUUGGAGGCUAAAGAGGAAGGUUGGGGAAGAAGCUAUGAAGAAUAUAAUCACCAACAGUGUAUUUUUUGUUUCCUCAAGCAGCAACGAUUUCCUUGUAAAUUACUAUUCUGUCCCCAUCAGAAGAUUACAAUAUGAUAUCCCUGCGUAUAGUAAUAAGCUUGUGAAGUGGGCCAUAAGUUUUGUACAGGAUUUACACAAACUGGGGGCAAGAAGAAUAGUGGUCUUUAGCGCACCCCCACUUGGAUGUAUACCAAUUGAGAGAACACUAGCUGGGGGAUCACAAAGAAAGUGUGUAGACAAGUACAAUAAAGCAGCAAGGUUUUUCAAUAACAAGCUAAAAGAAAAUAUCCGGUUUCUUGAAAGCACUCUUCCUCAAUCAAAGAUUGCCUUCUCAGAUUUCUACAAUCCACUCAUAAGCAUCAUUGAAAAUCCUCGCCAAUACGGGUUUGAGGUUGCAAAUCAAGGCUGUUGUGGGACAGGGAAGUUAGAGAUGAGUUAUUUGUGCAACGAACUUAGCACAACAUGCCAGAAUGACUCAACAUACUUUUUUUGGGAUAGUCUCCACCCAACUGAAAAAGGAUGUGAUAUCUUUUCAAAAAUUAUACUACCAGAUUUGGUGAAAAGUUUGUUCUAAGAUUAUAAAAUUUAUGAAUAAUGGAAUGAAGCUUUAUUUACUUAUUAAUACAUGGAAUGUAACCUCAAGUAAUGGAAAUGGUUUAGAAUCAUUCCAGAUUUAUAGAUGAACACAAUCUAAUCUGAAUCAAGAUAAAAAGGAAAGGAAACUGU